AUGAUCACUAAUUCAGUAUCACAAAAUAUUUCAUAUCUCAAAACUCUCGUAUUGAAUAUUCUUAAAAAUGGCUUACCAGAUGUUAUUGCAAAAGAUAUUGAAGUUUCAGAACUUGAUCCAUGCUCAAAGUGUAAUGAAGAGCUUUUUUUGUAUAAAAUUAAAAAAGCAUUUAUCAUACUCACUUGUGGUCAUAUAUUUCACUGCAAUUGUCUUGAGCAUUAUGUAAAAAAUCUUUCACAAUGUUCAAAGUGUGCAAUAAAAAUUGAGCUCAUUAGCAACACAUCAAGUACUACUGUUCCAAUAGAAAUUUCAUCACAAAUGAUAUUUGAUCAAAGUCAGGAUACAAUAAUCUCAGAAGCAAUAACACUUCGCCCAGAAUUCCUUGACUUGACUCAGGAAGAACUUCAAGAUAAAUUGGGACUGGGACCGGCAAAAAGAAUAGUGAAAUUAAUUAAUAAAAUCAAGGGCGAAGGACAGGGUCAGAAGAAAGAAGCGGAUAUAACUUUAACUACAAACGAUAAGAUCUUACAAUAUUACCAACGAUAUAAUAAUGAACAUUCUGAAGCUUCCGAUAAAGUCAGCUUCAUGAAUUUUAUCUCACAAUAUGUGCCAGAGCAUACUGAAGAUUCCUAUGAAGAUGUAGUAAAAGCAUUUCAAGAAUCACAAGGUCAGGAGAAAGCGGAUACAGAUUCAAAUAAGUUGAUUAAAUUUACGAAAGAAGAAGAGGAAGUUGUCCGAAAAGCUUUUGUUAGAAAUUUUCGAGAUCCAAGUGACCUUUCGAAAAGGUUCAUGUUCUUUAUUAACAAGUGUUUGCGUGAAUACGAAACGACAAAGGAUUAUUAUGCACCAUACACAACCUUAAUUCAAGCCAGUGGAACAGGAAAAUCUAAGUUAUUGAUGAAUUUUGCAGAAAAUAUAAUGACUGUAUAUUGCUGUUUGCGCGACUCAAAAUCAAGUGGCUAUCCAUCCAGAUCACGUAUUACCAAAACACUAUUAGAUAAGUUUGAUAAUGAACGAAAAGCCAUAGUUACCUACCUUGCAUACAUAUGCGCAUGUUUUCAAAAGUUGCAGAAAUUUAAUGGGAGUUGUAAAGAAUGGAUUGAUGAACAUACUAACAGCAAUUCUCAGGAGGACUUCUGGAACGAUAUUGAACGUAGAAUGGCUAAUAUCAUGCCCGAUCUUAUGAAAAAUACUACGGAUCAGAUGAUGGCUAAAGGGGUCAAUAAAUACUUGGAUGGACAAAAAAUAAUAACACGAGGAGGUUCAGUUAAAUGUCUGUUUGCAUUCGAUGAAGCUCGUGCUCUGGUUAAUCAAAAGGUUGAUGGUGAAACUCUGUUCUACUGUGUACGACGUGCUUUAAAGCUUCUACCCAAAGAUAUAGGAAUUUUUGCAAUCUUUACGGACACACAUUCAUAUAUUUCGAACUUCUCGCCUGUUCACUACCUCGAUCCGUCCAAAAGAGUUGCAGAAGAAGGGUCUAAAUUAUUUGAGCCUUUUUAUUUGUUGGACACAGUGAACAUGAAUACAGAUUUUAAACAAGUUCCGACACUGGAAGAGUCUGAAAUCCCGCAACAUUUCUUUCGGUAUGGAAGACCUUUGUGGGGUGCACUUCUAUCACCUUCUAGUGAAGCUGAAGGGUUCAAACCGGAACGUGUUAUAGAAUUGGCCAUGGACAAGCUUAUUGCUAUAUUUGGGCCCCGUUUAUGUAUUGACAUAGUGCCACAAUCUAGAUAUGCAUCUCAUUUAAUAGCAGGCUAUAUGCACCUUUGUCUUAAUAUCUCAAAGGAUCGUGAAUGCGUUAUUACGUCGAUGCCUACUGAACCCGUGCUAGCUGAGGCGUCUGCUCGGAUAAUGAAUGAUCCAAAUGUCCACUUCACAGAACUUAUUAAUCAGCUCUCUUCAGCGCACAAGAAAGGUGUAGUAGAGGCCGGUUAUCAUGGAGAACUUACUGCCAGACUACUGCUUCUUAAAGCCUGGGAUAAUUGCAUUCAAAAGAAACAUCUAGUUAGCAGAAAUGCUGGCAAUGAUUAUUCUCGUUUCGUGACUAUAAAUGAAUUUUUAAAGUCACUACUCGCGGACAAUGUUUAUAAAAAAAUAGAGGAUCAUCUUAAAAUGCAAGUAAAGUUUACGGGGACGAAGUUUGGCGAGGCUUACAUUAAGUUUACACACUUUAUCAAUGUUACAUAUACGCCGAAAAGGAAAAAUCUCGGGGAUGCUCUGAUUCGCGGUGUUGCGUUUUCAUGUAAACGAAAUCAGCGGGGAGUAGAUAUCAUCAUACCUAUAUAUAUGGGCACUCUUCAUGAAAAGCUUGACGAAGAUCGUAUUUCAUACAUACUAAUACAAGUUAAAAAUUGGUCUACGGAUAAUAAAGGCGAUGACUACCCACUCUCUGCAACAGCAAAGCUGUCGCCAGCAUAUAUAGACAUUGAGAAAGUUCCGCAUAUGCCGUUUUUGUCCUUGUAUUUGCAAUUAGGUGCAAUAACAGAGUUUGUUGACGUUCCAACAGAAUUUAUUCAAACACGUCAAGUCACAUCGUGUAAACGUAAAAUUGAAGAUGUGCUGGAAGAGUAUCAAGCAGGUGAUAUCGAAACGAGAGGUGAAUUUAUCAAGAAGAUUAGAAUCGACAACAAUAAGGAUAUCUCAAAUGCCGAAAUUACAGCGUUCAGAGAGCAUUUUCAGACGCCACUUGCAUUAUUUGGAUUAUCUCCAAACGUCUACAGCUGUUUGGAGCAACUUACACCAGUUCCCGCAACCUCGCCAUCGACCAUCACUAAUGAUCUUGCAAGUAACUUUAAGCAAUUGUUGACUGCUUGGGUCGAUCCUACAUUGGGGGAACAUCCAGAAGAAAUGAAGAUAAUUAAACGUAUGGAACCAUUAGUAUACCAGAUGGAAGAAUAA